AAUUCACCCUUCAUAUUCGCGUAAUGGACUCUCUUGCAGAACGUCCCGUUCGCUGUUGUCUAUAAAUAUUAUCGCGCUACGUGCACCAGAGGGAUCGCAGUUUGCGAUCCAUAUUAUUUCAUUUUACCGCGAAUAAAUCGCGGUAAAUCGUAUUUCGGCGCGAUAUUAUUUCCAUUCACCGUGAAGAAGACAACCGCAAGUUGCAGUUGUUUCAUUAACCGACACAUAAAAAUUGAUUCUGAAAUACUGGGAAUUAACUUCGGUGAAGUAUUCAAAAAUAAUGUUUCUCACGAUAUUUCUAUUCUGUCUGAUCGGCGUCCCUUUCAUACAAUGCAAGCAGUUGCACGAAUAUAUGACGACGGACGAAGUAAUGUCCGUAUUUCACACGCCACAUGAUCUUGUACCCGAAUAUGAGAUAGUGCCAGUAAAACAUCGUCUAGCGAAAAACAGCGAUUCGGAAGAAGGGUCCGAGAUAACACUGGCAGCAUUCAGAGAAAAUCUCGAGAUGUAUUUACAUCCCACAGAAGGUAUGCUUGCCAGUAACAAUACACCUGUAUGGACUGUCACGUCUGAUCCAAAAUCACCCGAAGGAAUGCGAUACGAUCAAAUACGUGGGGCUACGAAAUUAUUAGGAGUAGCGUACCAAGACGUAGACGGAGCAAGUGCAGUUUUAGUAUCUCCCACUUCCAAUGGUCAAGUGCAUAUAAACGGAGUAAUUAAAAAUUCUUACGUUAUAAAAUCCUUGCCACAACGGUUCUUGAAAGAGGUCGCGUAUGGUGGACAUAAGCUUCUCGAGCCGCAUCACACUAAAAAUAUAACGAAAGAAGACGAUUUCGCUUACACGCAUCAUCACGUAGUGUACAAAAUACCACCGUUGAAGGGAGAUCAAUACAAAGAUUUCAGUAUAUCGGAUCCUGAUGAUGGAAUAAAACAUGAUGCACCAGAGAUUAUUUAUCCCGAGGUACUGGUAAUAGUUGAUCAUAAGUUGUACAAAACUCUCGGCGAAAACAUCCGUCGAGCCGUAAAAUAUAUCAUGGCAUUUUGGAACGGCGUCGACUUGAGAUAUCGUUUAUUAAAUACUCCCAGGAUAUUAUUCAAUAUCGCAGGUAUCGUUAUAGCUAAGGAUGACGAUGCACUUCCAUGUUUAGAGAAAAAUCGCAUCGAACUUUCAAUGGUAGAUUCAGAUCGUGCUUUGCGUUGUACAGCGGAUUAUUUAUAUCGCGAAAACAGAUUUCCGUACGAUUUUUACGACAUGGCUGUCGUCAUGACGCGAUUGGACAUGUGCAAUUUCUUUAAUGGUCCCUACUGCAACCCACAUACUUUGGGUUAUGCAUAUGUUGCUGGCGCGUGUGAUAGAAACGCAACAAAACAAUCGUCCGAGGCAGUGGGAAUCGUCGAAGAUAAUGGUGGUUUUAGCGGUAUUAUUCCGACAGCUCACGAGAUUGGUCACUUGAUAGGAGCUCGUCAUGACGGUAACCCUAAAGGCGCUAGUGACUGUGAGCCGCAUGACGGCUUCAUAAUGACUGACGGACUAUUGCUGCAUGAAAACGGAUUCGAGUGGUCGCCAUGCAGCAUAAAUGCCUUCUACACGUUUAUUAAUGAGGACAGAGCCAAAUGUCUUUAUAAUAUGCCUGUAUUGGGAAAACCAAUAGCACGUGUUUUGCCCGGAAAAUUAUUGUCUUUAGACGAACAAUGUUACAAAGUCUCUGGAACACCAGCAUGUAAUAAUGAUACUACAGUCUGCACUCGUCUGGAAUGUGAGUAUCCUGGAUUUCAUUUUUGUAGAGCAGUGGCUGCAGCAGCGGAAGGCUCACCUUGCGGAAAUGAUUUAAUUUGUUUAAACGGUAAAUGCGUUUUGGAAGGAGCACUGACUAAAGACCAAGGAAAGAAAUUGACAGAAAAGCAACGUAAACAUCUUCCGCAUUUCAAGGAACAAAAGAUCGAACUAAUUCCUUGGAUAAAACAAAGAUUAGGCCAAAAACUUAAAGAUGUUAGGAACAAGAUUAAGAAUAGGGAGAUCAUAAAACGUAAUAAAAGGCUCCUAAGCUCAUAGGCUGAUGUUUACCACUAAAUUUUACAUUGUAAUUGGGAUUACACAUGUAAAUAUACAAACAAAAAAACAUAAUUCUAAUACAUAUUACAAUUCUAAUACAUAUUAUUUUGUUAAAAAUAUGCUAUUUUCCCACCUAUUUGAUAUUGUAUAUUAUUUUUUUUGUAUAUAAUAUCUUAUGCAUGUGAAUAAAAAAUUAUGUUAUGUA